UACUGUAGAUACAUGCACGAAGCUGUCUUUUGGCAUAGAGUGUUUGACAGGGUUAAUAUUUUACUGACAACAGAAGGAAUGGUGGCGGCAGCAGGCCCAGGAUUGCUCCAUAGGUAGGUGAGGUGGAGGAAUUUAAUUUGAGGUUGGAAUUUAGGCCAGAGCAGGGUUAAGACUUGAUUUAUGACUCAAGACUAGGACAAAAAAAACAAGCAGUUUACUGUGGAAUUAAGAUACAAUUAAGACAGGCAGGAUGAACGUAUUUAGACCUCUAAUUGGCAGCACGAAAUCUACUCCGGAUGCAAAAUGCAGCACGCAGGAGUAAAUCCCAUUUGCAAAGCACUACAUUUCCCAUGAUACCUUUGUUUGUUCUCUGUGUCUGCAAGAGAUCAUCAGCGUUACCCUGUAGUGCCUACAGGGGGAGUGAAGACCGCGGUAGGAGUGACAGCGUUAAUAUAAUCACAUAAAUACCGAGACAGCGCGUUUACUCAAUUUUAACAAGCGCUGGGGCAAGGAGGGACGCUGGGACGUUUUCCAUUGAAUAAACAAUCUCUGCUGAAGGAGGAACACUUGAAGAAACUCAGUAAAAGGACCCGCUGCCGCCAGGAUUAAUAGGAUGGUAAUUAGAGUUUACAUUGCCUCUUCGUCGGGUUCUGUUGUGAUCAAGAAGAGGCAACAGGCAAUCGUGGGCUUUCUGGAGGCCAACCGGAUCACGUUUGAGGAGGUGGACAUCACCAUGGUGGAAGACCAGAGGCUCUGGAUGUACCAGAACAUUCCGGGGGACAGGCACCCCGAUAAAGGGAACCCCCUCCCCCCUCAGAUCUUUAACGGAGAGCAGUACUGUGGGGAUUACGAGGAUUUCUUCCAGUCCAAGGAGAACAACAGCGUGUUCUCGUUCCUCGGUCUCCCGUCCCAGCCUGCAGUUAAGCAGUCUGAAUCUUAAGCACCGGCAGCUCCCGGACCCGAGGCUCUCUCCGAAGUCCUUUUCGACAUUCCUGAAUGACAUCACUUCCGCUUCCUUUUACACCACGGAGCCACCACAGCUUUGCCCAACGCCACCACGUCACCACCCCCACCACACCGCACCUCACCCCACCCCACCGACGGAGGAUUGGAGUUCCUAGGCCUGGGGUGUGCAGGACUCUUCCGUAGACGACCUUUGACCCCGGCGUCAUAGGUAGCGGUGAAUGCUUCUCCAGCCACACCGAUGCUCUUGUUGAAUCACGUGUGUUUGUGAGGUCUGUGUUGUUGAAGCACGCGUGUUUGUGAGGUCUGUUUUGAUGAAGCACGCGUGUUUGUGAGGUCUGUUUUGAUGAAUGUUUGUUUGUUUGUUGGGAGCAGCGGCGGUUGAUGUGGGUCAUGGGGGAGCUGGUAAACUGAGGGACCUUUUUGUUUUUUUUAAUGCACAUUAAAUUACAAUUUCUCACAGAAUGGCACAGAAUACAUGUUUUAACAUUAAAUGGUAAAUAGUUUUUUUAUAUAUAAUAUAUGGGCUUAUAUAUAUAUAUAUAUAUAUAGGCUGUGGCUUUCCUGUGUUGUGUUUGAUGCUGUUAUUGUCAGCUUCAGGCCAAAGUAAUGGUAUUAGCUGUGGAAUGGAGGAGGCUGUGAGAAGCUCUCUGCUGUAUUCUCUUGCCCGAGCAGCUGGGAACCAUGCUGGCAGUGCCUGUUGGACAGCGGUUCCCAGUCCUGCUCCUGGAGAUCUGCUGUCCUGUAGGUUUUCACUCCAACCCUAACCAAGCACGCCUCAUUCAACAGCUAGAGCAGGGCUGCCCAACCCUGUUCCUGGAGAUCUACCACCCAAAUGGAAACUGUCCAUUUAAAAAAAUGAAAUAAAAUACAAAAAAACUUGAACUCUGCAUGACUAGUUUUCAUUUGUUUAAAGGUACAAUAGGUAAGAUUUUUGUUAAAACAUUGUUACAUGACCAUUGUAAAUCCCUUCCUAUCAUUGAAAAAGGCUCACUGACAUCACUGACUCACCCUUUGCCUGUGUUUAUAGUCCUUAAAUUCGGGUUUCAAAAUAUGCAUUUCUUUACCUAAAUAUCGUAUAGCAGUACGAUAUUUCAAGCUCAUUGGUUUAAAAUUGGUUCCUAUUGCCACAGCCAAUGGCGUUUCAACAUCAGAGCGUUCACAGAGAAGGGGGAGGGAUAAACAGUGUUGUGGUUUGAGCGUGUUUGUUGCUGCAAUUCCUCUCUUGACCGUUAGAAGUCCGAAAUGACCUAUUGUACCUUUUAAAGAAACUAGUUUAAGGCUUGGAUUCAAUCCACAUUUGCCCUCAAAUCUCACAAUUAAAUGUUAGUAUUUUCCUGCACAAGUGCUCAUUGAUAAGAUCACCAUUGGAAUAAUGAGCAAUUCAUAUGCAAGUCAGUGGACAGGUGUGAACUGAACACAGGCCAAGUCUACGUAAAUGGGGGUUUCAGAAUUUACAAGGUAUUCUUACGCAGCGCGCACAAUGUAGUUUUGACUUGGCGUUCAGAACUUGUUCAGUAGCUUUCAAUAGAGGGCUGAUGGAUGCACAGAGCCAAUGCUGUGUUGACAAACAUGAAGAGGUUCACCAUGGACACCGUGGCAACCUCAGAUUAAUGCAAAUGACAGAUGCGCUUUGUGCUUCCUUUGACAUGGUUUUCCCCCUCUUAUUAAAUUGUUAUGGAUGGAUGGAUAAUGUAUUCGUGUUAGCAUGUGAUGCACACAAGCCCUUUCCUGCUUAACAUUUUCACAAGAACAGGGUCAAGUGAUCACUGAAGGUUUGAUUAUUAUUAUUAUUAAAAAUGUCAUUUCAUUAAAAAACAUUUUUUGGCUUAAAUCUAAGUUUCACAAAGGCCCAGACCAGUUUGUGAGGCUGUAUUUUUAGUCCUAAAUCUGAUGUAUGCGUCUUGGAAAAUGGGCAAUAUUUUUAGGUUAGGUUCCUUCUCCAUAUCUCCUUUUCUUGCGAUUUCAGCCUUUGCCUAACAAAAAAAAAGAAAAAAGCAAUGCGACUGUUGUUGGGGAAGCCGUUAAAGAGAUGACCUCACUCUAGCACGCGGCACAUUUUGAAUAUGGACGCAUGUAACGGAGUCUGUCUGAAAAUUGUGCAUUGAUUUUCUUCAUUAUUUUUAUAUAUAGCCUACAGUAUAUAUAUGUGUAGAUCACUGGAUAUAUGUAGAUUACUGAAGUGUAUCGUAUGUAUAGGACAGGACCAAAUAACGUUAUUAAAUUCUUACCCCGAAUUGAGAACAAUGUGCUUAAAUUAUGAGGUAACGUUGUUUUUUUUGAAUAGAGUGAACAGAGCCGUCUUUGCGCUCCAGAUUAAUAUCUGUGCAUGUGUGAAAUCCUCACACAUGAACUGUUAAAACCAGUACCUACACUGCAGUCGUAUUUUAUGACAGCUCAAGCCAACGGUGCAGAACUAUGUAGACUAGACACAGGCUUUUCUAAUAUCUUGAUCGUCGCUGUCAAGAUAUUAAAUGGAGACAUAUCUUGCUCGCGUUUCCGUGUUUAGCGUGCUGCGGCCUUGGCGAAUGUUUUAAGACUACUGGAUUUACGAGGACCACUCCACUGCGGUGGCGUAAGAGGCAGCCCACUUUAAAACGAUUAAUACACGCUCAAUGAACCGUGCCGUCAUAAACGGCGGCAGUUAUUGGAUAUAAGUGAUUUGAACAGCAGGUCAUUCCAUACCCCCGGGCAUUUCGAAAAACACGCUUAAUAGCAGACCAUCCGGUGAAGACCACACCCUCCUGCGCCGCCCUUCCCUACAGGCCUCUCUUACACAAGACCAAAGAAGAAGACAAAAAUGAAGUCACCAGUAUAUUCUCUGCUAUUCACUUCUGUGUAUUGUACUAUAUUGUAGUCACAUGUAGAUGUAGCUGAACUUAAUGUAGCAAGGUCAAUAACACUGCAAGAAAUUCUAAUAAUCAGUCAUCUAGAAGGUUUUUUUUUUUUUGGUUUUUUUUACUGUUUCCUGGAGAAAAAAAAAGGAUUCAGUUGUUUGGUGUCGGUAUUUCAUUUAGCCAACGUGUACUAAUGUGGACGUGCGUUCAAUACAGGUAUAUCUGCGUGUGCGAAAUAAAUGAGAUGACAGGUUUUAUGGAGACACAGAUUAACACGGUGUGCCUUAAUUAUUGCUGUGUUGUCAACUGUUGCUGAUGCAGUGUCUUUAAUCAGCUGUGAGUGUUUUGACCAGUGUUGCAUGAGUAAUUAAAUUACCUGUUAUAAGGGGACCAGAAAAUGUAGCAAUCGUUAUGUGAAAGUAUGUGUUGGGUAUAAUUGUAUGUUCACUUGCUGCGAAGCACACGGUAGCAUACAAAGUUUAAGUAGGCCUACCAUUUUGUGUUGAGGUGUUAGUGUUGACUUGUCCAGGAAUGCCUUUGUCUGAAACACAAAUAAAUCUACGAAAUAAAUGACCCGAGAACUGCCCUGCAUUGAAAA